AUGCACUCAAGUCGUCAUACAGCAUCAAUCUUACCGAGUGGCAAAGUACUAGUUCUUGGUGGUUCAGGUUUCGAUGAUGUUGAGCUCUAUGAUCCAUUAACGGAUACCUGGACAUUGACUGACCGUAUGCAUGUUUCACGGGAUUUGCAUACAGCAUCGGUAUUAGCAAAUGGAAAAGUAUUGGUUGCUGGUGGAUUUAAGAGUAACAAGAUUAUAAACACCACUGAAUUAUAUGAUCCAUCAACAGAAACAUGGAACAUUACUAGUGAUUUGUUAACUGCACGGUGUGAUCACAGCGCAGUGGUGUUGACAAGUGGAAAAGUAAUGAUUGCUGGUGGAGACGGUCAGAAUAGAUACCUAAGUAGUGUUGAAUUGUAUGAUCCAUUAGUUGAAACUUGGACAAGUAUUGAUAGCAUGAAUGGUGAACGAUGGAAAUUUGCUCUAACUGCAUUAGCAAAUGGAACCAUAUUAGCUUUUGGUGGCUACGAUUUUAGUGGUAGUCUCAAAAGUGCUGAAUUAUAUGUGCCAUUAACAGAAAUGAACACAAACACCAUCAUUUCUAGUAAACGUAAUGAUCAUUCAAAAACUUCGAAUAGUUCAAAUUAA